AUGACUUCACAUGUUCCAACAUCGCUUCAUGGUUUUUGCGAUGCUAGUUCACACACAUACGCAGCUGUCAUCUACAUAAGGACAUCGUGCUUCGACGAUUCUAUACGUUUCACCCUUUUGACUGCACGUACCAAGGUGGCACCACUCAAGGCCGCUACUAUAUCACGCCUGGAACUUUCGCCAGCACUAUUACUCGCUGAGACACUUCAAAACGUGCGAGAUGCAAUGGGUUUGGUUGAUGUUCCCUGCUAUCUGUGGUCAGAUUCUGCGAUUGUAUUGUAUUGGUUAAAGAAGAAUCCAACAACACUGAAACCUUUCAUAUGCAAUCGAGUUCGUCGAAUACAGGAGCUGACAUCCCCCACCCGUUGGCAUCACAUCCGUUCCGCUCAAAACCCAGCUGAUUGUGCCUGCAGAGGCAUCACACCUGAAGAGCUAUUGGUACAUCCACUCUGGUGGCUAGGCCCGAAAGAGAAAUUCAUUAUCUAUUCUAUCAACAAUGAUACAUUACUCAGCAAGGACGAGUCGGAGGUUAUAGUCUCUGAAACUCGUAACACUAAUAAGAUUAUCACACGACUUUUGAGGACAAUUGCUAUUAUUCUUCGAUGGUUAAGAAGGCGUCGACAUCUUCGCAAACCGGUCAUAGUUACGCAGGAACUAGAUGACGCACUAUACACUAUAUUAAGUUUAGAGCAAGAGGAACAUUUUUCAGAUGAAAUCCGACAUUUGAAGUCUCGUUCAAGUUUGGUAUCAUCCUCUCGAAUUUUGCCUUUAAAUCCAUAUCUAGACGAGAAUCAGAUCCUACAGGUUGGUGGACGAAUUCAUAAAGCCGAAUUAGCAAAUGAUCAACGAUUCUCGAUUAUCUUGUCAAAGUCAACGCCAUUGGUGAAGCUCUUAUUACAACAAGCUCAUAAAGUCACGCUACAUGGUGGAACACAACUCAUGCUAGCUGCGCAUCAAGGCGGUCUCUGGGAGGCUGCGGUGAAGUCUGCUAAGCAUCACUUGACGCGCUGCGUGGGCACGCAAGUCUCGUGGUAUAGUCAACUGCAAACAUUGACCGUUAAAAUCGAGGCUUGUCUCAAUACUCGUCCGAUUACACCACUGUACGUUGAUCCUGAGGACAAACUUGCCUUAACGCCAGGCGAUUUCUUGAUUCGGUCGCCACUCCUGGCGGUCCCUGAACCAGAUAUUCAACAAAUUCCUUCCAACCGAUUGAAACAUUGGCAAUGGAUACGUCAACUUCAUUAA